AUGUGUUGUUCAAGGAAAUAAAAAACAAACACCUAAAGAGAGGAAAUAAAUAAAUUAGGAAAACUAACAAGACUGACAGAAACUGAAUUGAUAGAAUUAAAAACUAGAUUUGCUAGAAUGUCAUAGGGUUCUAAUUUCGUAACUAAGUUUUAAUUUCGAGAUAAUCUGGGUUUACUCGGUAUGGGAACAAUGCUUCAUUUAUCAGAUAGAAUCUUCCACAUAAUGGAUGAUGACAAGGAUGGUAAGGUAUGUUUUUAAAUGAAAAUCUAUUUAGAUUAGAUUUGAAGAUUUUGCUCUUUAUUUUGAUAAGGUUAGUCAUGGAGACGCGAGAGAAAAGGCUGAGAUAAGUUUUAAAUUGAUUGAUAAGAAUAAAGUUGGAAGCUUUACAUCAGGUGAAUUUAAUGAUACAAUGUAAGGAGUAAUUAAUAGCUGGAUAGCUAUGACUGGAUAAAAUUUAACUAGCGAAACUAAGAAAUAGAUUGAUUAAAGAAUAAAAUUAAUUUUCUAAACUAUGGAUGUUGAUAAAGCUGAUAGAGUUACAUUAUAAUAAUAUUAAGAUUCUGUUGUAGCUGAUCCAGCACUCUUAGAAAUCUUUGAUUUUGCUAGAAGAGGUGUUACACUUGAAACAAUUGAUUUUAGUAUUUAAUAAUAAUCUAGAUACAUUUAAAAUAUUGAAAAAAAACUUGAUCAUUUACUAGAAUUUAUGAAAUAAGAUAAUAAAAAAUAAGAAAAAGAACUUCCUCAUUUUGUUAAAGGAACUACUGAUCAAGAAUAAAAAUAAAGAAAUAGUUAAGUUGAAAAUCUUCAUUCUCCUAUUGUUAGUCUUUUUAAAUAUGAAAGUGAAGAAAAUAAUCAUAAUGAUUUAAAAAUUGAAUAAGGAAUAAAUAAAUUUUUUACUUAAGAACAAUUUGCAUCAUUUAAUUAUAAUCAUUCUAAUGAAUUAUCUAUUGAACAUUUAAAAAAUGAUUAAAAUUAAGAUUUUUCAUUUUAUGCACAGUCAAAACCUAAAACUAAAUAAAAAGCAUUAUUUUAAUAAGUUCCAUAAAAAUAAAUUGAAGCUGAUACUUUUGAACCUAGAGAAGAAGAUUAAUUUUAUUAAACAGAUUAAAGUUUUGAAAUUGAAAAUGAUAAAAAUCAAUUUUAUUAAUUUGUAGAUUAAAUGAGCAUUGAUUAACUUAAAGAUAAAUAUAAAUCUAUGAUUGAAUGUGUUUAAGAUAUUAGUAAAGAAGUUUAGAGAUUGAGAGAAUUAAUUGAUCAAAAUUAAAUAAAACAAUAAAAAAUGGAUAUUAUUGAUUAGAUUAAUGAAUAAAGAUUGCAUACUAUUAUAAAUAUACCUAGAAAAUAAACAUCUAUUAAAAAUCAAAAAUAAACUAAAAAACCAAAAAUUAGUGUUUCAUUUGGGCAUGAAAAUUUUAAUUUAGUUUUAAAUAUGAUGAUUGGAAUUUAAAUGGCUGUAAGUAGUAUUAAUGUAGCAGAUGAUUAUGAAGUUGGUCCUAAAGAUUUUAAAUUAAAAUAUUAUUUUGAACUUCUACCAAGAAGAGCAUAAGGUGAUAAAAGUUCUUUUAAAGUAUGUUAAUUCUUUGAUUAUGCUCCAAGAGUAUUCAAUAGUAUUAGAACUAUAUAUGGAUUAGAUAAUCAUUAAUAUCUAAAAAGUAUUGGUCCUGAAUCUAUUUUAUAAUCUUUAAUUAAAGGAGAUUUAUCUUGUUUAUAAGAAUUAACAUCGACAGGUAAAAGUGGCAGCUUUUUUUAUUAUACAGCUGAUGGAUAAUUCACUUUAAAAACUAUACAUCAUCAGGAGUUUAGAUUUCUAAAAUAAAUUAUGAGAAAUUAUUAUUAUCAUCUAAAAAACUAUCCAGAAACUCUUAUUAUAAAGUAUUAUAAACAUUUAAAAUAAGAUUAUUUGGGAUGCAUAAGAUUGGUAUAAAAUUUUAGACUAUGUUAAGAGAAAAGGUUAUUUAUUUUGUGAUAAUGAGUAAUGUAUUUUCAACAAAUCAUGAAAUUAAUAUUAGAUACGAUUUAAAAGGUUCAACUUAUGGAAGAUAUACUAUUGAUAAGUAAGAUAUUAUUUAAAGUAAGCGAUCCAACUGUUGCCAGAAAAGAUUUAAAUUUUCUUGCUGAUAAAGAGAAAAAUAUAAAAUUAAAUAUCAAUAAGAACAAAUCAAUGCUAUUUUUUAAUUAAUUAGAAAAAGAUUGCAAAUUUUUCGAAGAGAAUGAUAUUAUUGAUUAUAGUCUGUUAUUAGGUCUACAUGCUAAAGGAAAUAAAUAAAUUGAUAAUGAAUCUUCUGUUUAUUCAGAAAAUCCUUAAUUUGAUAAUUUUAGUAAGAUGGUAACUGUUGAUAAUUAAUAUACUUUAUAUAUAGGCAUUAUUGAUAUCUUAACAAAUUUCAGUACCAAAAAGAAACUUGAAUUCUUAUCUAAAAGAGUUAUUUAUGGACCAACAAUAUCAGCUAUACCUCCAAGGGAUUAUGCUGAAAGAUUUUUAAAGUUUUUAAAGGAUCAUUUAUUUGCAAAUUGAAAAAAAUAUU